AUGUUGUCCAAAUUGUUGUUGAUCCUGGCUGUGGCCGUAGUCAUGGUAAGCAGCCAGUGGUCUGCCACCAUUGACCCGAGUACCGUGUCACCGUCACUGAGGAAGACUUGGUGCCAAUACCAAGAAAAUUCGUGCCCCUUGAUCUGCCUGCAGCUCAACGGGUCUUCCGGUGCUUCAGUGAACACCUGUGAUUCCGCUUCCCUCGACUACUCAUGCAUCUGUACCAAUGGCAUCAGCCCCAACGCUUCCCAAUACUCGGACACAAUGGCCUACUUCAUCUGUACCGAGGCCGGCAACCAGUGCGUCGCCAAGUGUGCGCAGACCGACUCCUCCUGUCAGGCAGCUUGUCGUGACGAUCACCCAUGUGGAGCUCAAGACCCCGUCCGUAUCAACGCGACAACUACCACUACGACCACCACCUCCCCUGCUUCAUCCGCCACCGCCAGCAGCACCUCCAACCCUAUUGGUACCGACGCUGCUACUGGUGGCGCAGUCCGUAUGUCCCUUGAACUUGGCCAGCUGUACGGCCUGUGUGCGUUCGUGGGCGCUUUCGUUGCUGGCUUUGCAGUUCUUCUGUGA